AUGCUGCGAGUCUACCUAUCCGCAAUUAGCCCCACCAUGAUGCAUGGAUCGGAGACUCGGUCACCACCAUCUACGGUGAUGGAGAGGCUUGAUCGCACAGAAAGAAAGCUGCUUAAGCGGCCGCUUGGCUACGUUUGGCCUAGGAGACCAAGAGAUCGCCGUGUCCAGCGAGUUUCGAGGAUUCUCCCGAAUUCAAGCAGAGAGAAUCCUCAGAACACGCCUCCUGGCCCAAACCGGAAGUUCUGGUUUGAGCAGAAGAUCGAGAAAGUUGGACAGAGCUAUCUUCGAGGACGACACAACUCGGUGAAGAUGCGGAUAAUCUCUUCAAGCGAUGACACCAGCCUACCGAUUAAGUUAAUAGAGGUGUUGGUGGAGAUGGUCCUCGUCAAAACGAGUAUGGUGAAGAACAUCGACUCUUCCGAACAACUUACGACCCGAAUCGGACGUCUGCGGAUGAGAAGAUAUGGUCCAACACCAGCUUUGACUAUCUUCGCCGCUUACGCUCCAACAUCAAGCUACGAAGAAGAAGAAGUCGAAGCUUUCUGUAUGGACCUGGAGAAAGAGGCGAUAAAGGAAGACCUUAAAGAGAGAGGAGCAGAAGUGCUAACUGAAGCUGCAGAGGCGGGGAAAAGCAUCCGCUACGCCCGUCGAGACUUCGCCAGUCGCAAGACGAGGAUGACUGCUCUCCAGAAUCCAGAGGGAACAGCCAUUGCAUCGAGAAGAGGGAUGGAGAAAAUCAUCUACGACUUCUACUCUGAUCUUUUCGACAGCCAUGUCCACUUGUCUUCUCACCAUCUGAGGGAAGACGGACAAGUCAUUCCAGAGGUUCUCCCGUCCGAAAUACGACAUGCUAUCAUGUCGGUAAGAAAUCGUAAGGCACCCGAUCUAGACAGAAUAAGACCAUAA